GGUGGAUGAAGCCAUAAUUUCAACUACGGAGUGCAGCACCAUCUCAGCUUUCACCGAUCAAUUUCUAAAUCAUCACUUACAAAGAAGCCUCUAAUCGGCGAUGGGCAGGCAGAAGGGAACAGUUGUUUUGGUGGUCAAGUCAGAGUUGAGUCCCCUGCUUUCUGGUACAUUUUUGUACAUGCUGUAUUCCGGUGUUCGCUUCACAGCUUAUACACAGCAUAGGCUGUGCGCCUAAAGCGUCUAAACAUCCACAUGAUCUCAUUACGUUAAGCUUCAGUCCAUGAUUAGCUAGCUCUCAACAACUAUGGAAGACGAGAGGCCCUCAAUGACUGGGGUUAUGACCAGGCUCAACGUGUUUGGGUACGAUGAUUACUACUACGGUGACGGCGUUAUGGAUCGGCUACCACCUAACAGCAUUGCGCACAACUACCCGAAUUUGUCGGCGCCCCCUUAUCCUGCGCUCGCAUGGGCACUCAUCGUUGAUGAUGCCACGUUGGAGUGGACUCUUGAGCCUCAUGGCCAUGCUUUUGUCAGCGCUACCAUGUACGGGCUCCUCUGCUCUCUCUCCCUCAUUACCGGAGUUCUCGCAGUCGUCAUUUUCGUGUACUCUUUCUACGGCAUCCGCCACAACCUGUAUGGUGUGCAGACGAAUUCGGGCGCAAGCAAGUAUUCCCCUAUCAUCGGAUUGCUCAACAAGUCGGCCGCAGACUUCAAGGAGAGCGUGACGCCCAUUGCGGAAAAGAUCUUUGGGCACAAGCCGAACGCGGAGAUCGUGGGAUGGCUAGAGGACAAGAAUAAGCGGCGCAGAGUCCUCAUCGCGACGCUGGAAUAUGAGAUCAUUGACUGGAAACUCAAGGUCAAGAUCGGAGGUCUCGGUGUCAUUCCAAAAGUGAAGGACCUGGAUUAUCCCGCUGGCGAACCUGCGGAGCCUAUCGAGGUUAUCAUCUUCAAUGAGCCUUAUCGAAUCGAAGUGGAGACGCACGUGUUGGACAAUAUCACCUAUGUCAUCCUCGACAGGCCCGUUUUCCAUGCACAGACCACAUCAGACCCAUACCCAGCCCGCAUGGACGAUCUCAUACCUGUCUGUCUCUCGCUGCACAACGCCGAGUUCCAGGGUCUAUGGCCGCUUCGAACAAAAGAAGAGAUGAAAGAAGUCUGCUCCGCGUUCAACAUCAGCAAAGAGCACUGUAUGAAAUACGUCCAGUUUGGAAACAUGUUCAACCUGCUUCACGCCGCUGCGUCGUUUAUCAGUGUUCAUCAAAAGAGCAUGGGUGUCGCUGGGGUGUUGGACAAGUAUGGGAAGCGCAGUUGGGUGUGGUAUCCUGCUCUGUGGACCCUCGAGUAUGUCGAUUCGCUGCCUAAUCCUGACCCUGCGGAUAUUGCGGCUUUGGAUGAGAACCUGGUGGCUAUUUGUGAAGUGCAGAUCGAUCAGGUUGUUAAGGCACAGCGUCCGGAGAUGAAGAGGCAGGCUCAGGAGUGGGCGAAUAUCAAGCAGGACCCUACAUCAGGAAAAACCUCCCGGCCAAAAUUUCGAUAAUCUUUGAUAAAGUCCAAGAAUUAUGUCUAAUUAGCAGCCUUAGGAGAAUUAGGAAAAUUAUGUAGUUUAGAAGGACUUUCUUACCCCCUGCAUAAUUAUCAAGAAUUAGCUGAUACUAGACACAAUUAUUGUGAAUUGCAGAAAAUGUAUUUCGAACUUUGCAUUGCAAAUCAC